AUGGUGGGUUGGUCCUUCUCCGUGGACCAACAGGCCUGGGUGGACAAGACCACUGUCUACCCCUGGAGCCUGCGGUGGAAAAAUAAUGGGCUCCCCCACUCCUCCUCCAGCGGACCCCUAGAGCUGCCCAGAACCUCUCCCCCUUCGUACCCCACAGUUCUCCAUCCCAAGAACACCGAAUUGUUUGCGAUGAUCGAAAAGAUGCAGGGAAACCGGAUGGACGAGCAGCGCUGUGCCUUCCCCCCUCCCCUCAAGACGGAAGAGGAUUAUAUCCCUUAUCCCAGUGUCCACGAGGUUCUGGGCCGGGAGGCUCCCUUCCCCCUCAUCUUGCUCCCCCAGUUCGGGGGCUACUGGAUCGAGGGGACCAACCACGACCUGCUGGAUCUUGCCGAAAUCCAGUCUCCGGGCUAUAAGGUCAAGCUGGAAUGCAACCACCUGGCCAGGGUCUACCGGAAGCAUUUUCUGGGCAAGGAGCAUUUCAAUUACUACUCGGUGGACGCCGCGCUGGGGCACCUGGUGUUCUCGCUCAAGUACGACGUGAUCGGGGACCAGGAGCAUCUGCGCCUGCUCCUGCGCACCAAGAGCCGGUCCUAUCACGACGUCAUCCCCAUCUCCUGCCUGACCGAGUUCCCCAACGUGAUCCAGAUGGCCAAGCUGGUCUGCGAAGACGUGAACGUUGACCGCUUCUACCCUGUGCUGUAUCCCAAGGCCUCCCGCCUGAUCGUCACCUUCGACGAACACGUCAUCAGCAAUAACUUCAAAUUUGGGGUGAUUUACCAGCAACUUGGUCAGACGUCGGAAGAGGAGCUGUUCAGCACCACGGAGGAGAGUCCGGCCUUUGUGGAAUUCUUAGAGUUCCUGGGCCAGAAGGUCCAGCUGCAGGACUUUAAGGGGUUCCGGGGGGGCCUGGACGUGACCCACGGCCAGACGGGGACGGAGUCCGUCUACUGCAACUUCCGGAACAAGGAGAUCAUGUUCCACGUCUCCACCAAGCUGCCGUACACCGAAGGGGACGCGCAGCAGCUGCAGCGGAAACGCCACAUCGGCAACGAUAUCGUGGCCAUCGUCUUCCAGGACGAGAACACCCCCUUCGUGCCGGACAUGAUCGCCUCCAACUUCUUACACGCCUACGUGGUGGUGCAGGCCGAGAACGCCUGUUCGGAAAAGACCCUCUACAAGGUCUCGGUCACUGCCCGGGACGACGUGCCCUUUUUCGGGCCUCCGCUGCCCAACCCAGCCAUCUUCCAGAAGGGGCCAGACUUCCAAGCGUUCCUUUUGACCAAACUGAUCAACGCCGAAUACGCCUGCUACAAAGCAGAAAAGUUUGCCAAACUCGAAGAGCGCACGCGGGCGGCCCUGCUGGAGACGCUGUACGAAGAGCUGCACCUGAACAGCCAGUCCAUGAUGGGCCUGGGGGGCGAGGAGGACAAGAUGGAGAACGGCGGGGGGGGCGGCAGCAGCUUCUUCGAGUCGUUCAAGCGGGUGAUCCGCAGCCGCAGCCAAUCGAUGGACGCCGUGGGUCUCAGCAGCAAGAAGCAAAACACCGUCACCACCAGCCACAGUGGCAGCUUUGGGCACCACAGCCCUGACAUCACCAAAGCCAGCGGCCUAUCAUUGCUUGUGCCCGGAAAAACGUCAAGUAGGUACGGACGCCGAGGCAGCGCGAUAGGCAUAGGAACCAUUGAAGAGUCCCUGAUUGUUCCCGGAAAGAGUCCGACACGGAAGAAGUCCGGGCCAUUCGGGUCGCGGCGAAGCAGCGCCAUCGGCAUUGAGAACAUCCAGGAAGUGCAGGAGAAAAGGGAGAGCCCGACGGGCACUGCGAAGACGCCCGAGGACAACCACGCCGGCCAGGAGCCCCAUUCCGAAAACUCCUCCAAUCAGAGCUCGCCAGAGAUGCCCACCACGAAGAACAGGCCAGAUCCGGUGAUGCCAAAGCCAGAAGCCGGGCACGAAUCCUCCCGCUCCUCCUCCAGCGCCAGUAGCUUUGGCAGCAUGGUGGAGGACGCCGAAGGCAGCCGGGAUGACACCAGCGGGGAAAGCCACUUCCCUUCCACGCCUUCCCACAAACGCGAUUCCUUCAUCUACAGCACGUGGCUGGACGACAGCACCAGCACCCCCAGUGGGGGCAGCUCUCCAGGCCCCUCGCACUCCCCCCAGCCGGACCCCAGGAAGCCCACGGACCCCCCUUGCCCGGAGAUCCAGAUCCAGCUCGAACAUUCGGACCCGCAGCCCCCACACCUGGCUUCUGAUGGGGGAGGCCCCGAACAGCAGGAAGAUGGCCUGAUCGACUUUUGA